UAAUAUUAAAAAUUUAUUUUUUUUUUGAGAUUUUAGAGAAAAAUGGAGUAUUUGAACAGUAAAAUCUCAUUGAUAAGUCAAAGUGGUAUACGAUAUAUUGGAAUUCUUCAUGAUAUUAACUCAAAGGAUUCGACGAUAUCACUUAAAAAUGUCCGUUCUUAUGGUACAGAAGGACGCAAGGGGAAUCCGAGGGAAGAAAUUCCAGCAUCAGACAAUAUUUUUGAGUAUAUUGUUUUUCGUGGUUCAGAUGUUAAAGAUCUAAAAAUUGAGGAGCCAGCGCCCCCCAGAUCUGUUGUGCAGAUGCCUAAUGAUCCGGCUAUACUUAGGAUGACAGAACCUCAAUUGCAUCAGUCACAAGGAUAUUCUUUUUCAAAUCAACCAUAUCAAAAUAUUUCCAAGUAUUCUUCAUAUCAGGGAUAUAAUACUUCACAAAAUAUCCAGACUGGAGCAUCUCCUGCUUAUUAUGAUAAUGUUUCAGGGAUUUCUGAACAUUCAGUCAAUUCAAAUCAUUCUUCUAAACAGCCUUUACAUAUACCAUUAACACAGGUUCCGUCUUCAGUAGCUACAGAUUCUAGGUUAUGUUCUCUUUCUAUGUCCCAAAAUAAAGCGGAAAUCAACACUAAUAAUUUAUCUACUAAAAUAUCCAAAAAUGAGCCCAUAGCUUUAGCUAUGCCAUUGCCAGCGCGAACGAAGGCGCCUACGGCACAUCAAACACCUGUUAAGCAAAAUGGUGCAACAAAUCUUAAAAAUAUAUCAUCACCUACUAGUCUAUCUAAAGCUCAACUUUCUGUUGUUUCUACAACAAAUACUGAGACCUGUCCUGAGAUUCAAAAUAUAACAACUGAAAUAUCAAGAUUGAGUACAGAACGUACUGAAUCACGAAGUUUUCGCUCACAUAGCUCAGGCAAUUAUUUAAUGCAACAACGUCAUGGAAAACGUCGUAGUAAUGGAUACAGUUAUCCCCAGAAUGUUUCGAAUAUAGUUGAAGCACCAGAAGAAGAAUUCAAUUUUACACUUUGGAAUGCAAAAUUUAAGAAAGACGUUUUAAAAUCUUUAAACAAGCAGGAUACAGAUGAUCCAAAUAAUUCAGCUAUUCCUUCUAAGGAAAAUUAUUAUGAUAGUAGGAAAUCUUUCUUUGAUAACAUAUCGUGUGAAAAUAAAGAACGUAUUGAAAAUAAAGAAAAAGGAAACAGUCGAGCAAGACGUGAUCAAGAAAGAAGCCAAAACAUGGAAACUUUUGGUCAAACUCGAUUACAAACAAAAAGGCAAGGUAAAGGUCGAGGAAGAGGUGGAUUUUAUGGGGGUUAUCAAGGCCAUAAGUAUAAAAAUAGUAAUAAAAACCAGCGUAUAGUAAAUGGCGAAUCAACACAGUAA